AUGGACUCCUCCUCAAGACGCCCGGAUCUCAAACGCAAGCUCGUCGUCGUUGGCGAUGGUGGAUGCGGCAAAACGUGUUUGCUCAUCGUCUACGCCGAGAAUCGCUUUCCAGAAGCUUACAUCCCCACCGUCUUCGAGAACUACGUGACACUCGUGUCGUUCGAGAGCAAGCUAGUCGAGCUCGCGUUAUGGGAUACCGCGGGGCAGGAGGAGUACGAUCGAUUACGGCCGCUGAGCUAUCCGGAAAGCGAUGUUAUCCUAAUAGUCUUCUCGGUCGACUUUCCCACUAGCCUUGCCAACGUUCAAGAUAAAUGGUACCCAGAGGUGUCCCACUUCUGCCCCUCAACACCCCUCCUCCUCAUCGGCACCAAGACCGAUCUCCGUACAGACGCCAGCACCCUCCGUAUGCUCUCCGCACAAGGGCAAGUACCCGUCACAUCAGAGCACGGUGCCGCCGUCGCAAAAGAGAUCGGGGCAGGCUACAAGGAGUGCAGCGCGAAGACAGGCAAAGGUGUCCGGGAAGUUUUUGAUGCAGCCCUACGAGAAAGCAUGCGAGGCCGCUGGGGCAAGGUCAUCAAAGAGAAGAGAUGCGUCAUCGUGUAG